ACUCUAGUGUCUGCUUAGCAUAACUACUUUAUCUGUGAUAUCCACUACUUCUUUGUAGGAAAGUAAUAUAGAUUUUAAGUGUAGUUCUCUACCUCAACUGCUACGAUAUGGCGGGAAACUUCUGGCAAAGCUCUCAUUAUCUCCAGUGGGUGCUGGAUAAACAGGACCUAAUGAAAGAGCGCCAGAAGGACCUGAAGUUUCUCUCAGAAGAGGAAUACUGGAAGCUGCAAAUCUUCUUUGCUAAUGUCAUUCAGGCUUUGGGGGAACACUUGAAGCUGCGGCAGCAGGUUAUUGCUACUGCAACUGUGUACUUCAAACGCUUCUAUGCCAGGUAUUCCCUGAAAAGCAUAGAUCCGGUGCUCAUGGCUCCUACCUGUGUGUUCCUGGCUUCAAAAGUUGAGGAAUUUGGAGUUGUGUCCAAUACCAGACUGAUCUCUGCUGCAACAUCUGUGUUGAAAACAAGAUUUUCCUAUGCCUUCCCAAAGGAGUUCCCUUACAGAAUGAAUCAUAUACUAGAGUGUGAGUUCUACCUUUUGGAGUUGAUGGACUGCUGCCUGAUAGUGUACCACCCCUACAGACCACUGCUGCAGUACGUGCAAGAUAUGGGACAGGAGGACAUGCUGCUGCCUCUGGCCUGGCGAAUAGUGAAUGACACAUACAGGACAGAUCUGUGUCUGCUCUACCCUCCCUUCAUGAUCGCCCUAGCCUGUCUGCAUGUCGCCUGUGUGGUGCAGCAGAAAGAUGCCAGACAGUGGUUUGCAGAGCUCUCUGUUGACAUGGACAAAAUCUUGGAGAUUAUCCGAGUCAUUCUGAAGCUCUAUGACCAGUGGAAAAAUUUUGAUGACAGGAAGGAGAUAGCUGCUGUGCUAAACAAGAUGCCUAAACCCAAACCACCUCCAAACAGUGAGAGUGACCAGAGCUCCAACGGGAACCAAAGCAACUCCUACAGCCAGUCUUAGCACGGCGCCUGUAUUUCCCCUGGAUUCCAUAAUGUCGAUGCAGAGAGAGGUUGAUCAUUUUUUUAAAACGUCACACAGCACAACCUUCGUGAUGCCAUCUCCGACUUACACCCCCCCCCCCACCCACCACCACCACCACCACCACCAACCAACUCUUGAGAGUCAUGUCUUCACUUUUACCCUUCUCUGAUCAUUAUGGGUUCAUGGAUUUAGGAAGCAGCCACACAAAUGCCUGCAGUGAACGGCAGAUCAGGCAGUUGUGUUGUCUCGAUGAGGCCACUCUACUCUGCUCCAGACUUGAAAUGAACUAAAACUGAGGAACAAAAGGGGGAAGAGGGGAGCUGGGAGUGUGGGGUAAACUGAUGGGAGAACUGUGGGGGUGGUGGUGGUGGUGGGGGGGGGGGGUUUACAGAUGUGAUGAAUCAGUAGAAACAUGUCAUUGUGAUGAUCCUGACAUCCUUGAACAGCCCAGAGGAGCAAGUCGUUUCUCAUGGAGCUCCGCGGGAUUCGAGAAAACUUGAUCACAAGUACUGUGUGUGUGUGCGUGCGUGCGUGCGUGCGCGUGUGUGUGUGUACAACAUGUGAGAGGCCAGUCUGGGUGGGUUUUCAUUCCUCAGGGACCAUAGUAGUCUUCUCUACUCGUGUCUGUACGUAAAAAUGAUUUGAUACUGUGCUGUUUUAAAGAGUGGUUUUGAUUGGAUAUCACCCCCGUACAACUGUGACGUGAUUGGAUAUCCCUGCCCUCUGCGGUCUGUGCUGGUUGAUCAUGAACGGUGCGAGGAAAAAUCCCAAGAGAGGCUCUUCAUUUAAGGUUUAUAUUAGCUCUUUGAAUUCAAGAUUUUACUGUUUUUGAAUCAUGACGACUCCACCUCCUCCCUCCCCGUUCGCUCUUUCAUUUUGUAAAUAGCCUUCCGCUUCUAUUCAUUUAUUUUUAUCGUUCAUGUUUUUGCUUAAUUAAGGAAAAAUUCAAUGGAAAUCAUGAGCUGGUUCUGCUUUGAACUCUGCGCUUCAGAUGAAAGUGCCCCUGUUUGUUUCACUGUCAUGAUGCUGUUGGUCUGCUGCAAAGCUUAUUCUUCAUUUUAUUGUAUUUUCUUUUUCAUUUAUUCCACUUUAGUUGUAGAAUAUGUAUUGUGUAAAUCUAUUUUUUUGAAAACUUUUAUUUCAGUUUGUCAGUAAAGGCAAAUAACAAUCGUUCUAAAUUAGUCUGCUCUGGUUGUACAUUCUUAUUUGUAUGUACCUCCUGCCAUCUCUUAAAUCAGUGAAUUGUGGCAAUAUGUGUGUCUAUAUUUUUGUGAUGUAACACGGUGAGAUCUGUGUGUGUGUGUGUAUGUAUGUGUGUGUGGCUGUACUAAAAACAAGGUGCUUGAAAGCCUAACAGAAUAAUAGCUGCUGGUUACAGAGAAAACCCCUCAUGCAAGCACAUCGUCCCAUUCAGGUGUAACAUGUAUCUUAGGGGUGGAUUUUAUUGCAGUACUUGGAUGCAUCUUGGAUCUUUUUUUGUUUUCCUCAGUGGCUUCAUAUACUGUACACUUAAGUUCUAUCACUGUUGAAAAAGCAAGCCGAAUAGGUACAUAAACAUCUUGUUAACGGCCACUUUUUCAUACUAAAGUGGAAGCCACUGAGGCGAGUUUGAAGCGUCCUCGUUCAGCUCUGCCUUCUGGCGUUUUCCUGCCCUUCAGCAGGCUCCAUCUGUUACAUGACUGUUCACAUGAGCGGGAAUACAAAUAAAAGGGCUUCACCCCACUUAAAUAUUCCUUCUAGUUUUGAUCAAAAAAAUCACCCAACAUUGUUUUAUCAAAUACUACUUGAAAGUCUAUGUUUAUCAUUUUAUCAAUUAUGGUAAUAAAAUGUAUGGUGUGCGAAACAAA